GAUCAGCUGACGUAGUUCGGCAAGAUGGCGGCGUUGGUCGGUCUGUCAAAACGUCUGGUCGUAUUUACGCCCGGUUUGAGAAACGUUCGACGCGAUUACAACACCUGGAAUCCGGGCGGUACGACGCGGAGGUUCAGAGCCGGUCUGGGAUGGAUUGUCGGAGGUUCGGUCGCCUUUUAUUUCGCCUCGAAAUACGCGAAACGGAACGCCGUCCAUGCCUUCAAGCUACGCAAGAGGGACGACGACCUGCACAAGGCGGUCAGGUUGACGGGGAGGGAGCGAAGAUUCAUCAAAUUUGCUUCGGUCGAGUACGACGGCCAGCUCUACAUGACUCCUCAAGAUUUUCUCGACAGCGUUGUUGAGUCUCUUCCGAGGCCUCGACUGAAGAGGAGGAUCUUGUCCGACAAAGAAAUCGAGGUGAUGAGAAACGCAACGCCGAAUCUCAGUCACGGUAGCCCACAGAUGUUCAGGAGCCUCAGAGACAAAGGGAUACUUUCUUACACCGAGUACCUCUUUCUGCUAUCUAUUCUCACCAAACCACAAACUGGAUUUCGGAUCGCCUUCAACAUGUUUGACAUCGAUGGAAACGAACGUGUGGAUAAAACGGAAUUUCUCGUGAUUCGACGACUUCUGGGCGGUAGUCUUAAGGAACGGGAUCUCGACGAAGCCACGUCGCAAGUUCUCCGCACGCUUGUUGCCCCAAGCGAGGAAGCUCUUCGCGAAAAGGCCAAACUCCGGAACGCUAAAAUUGCCGAGGCAAACCGAUCAAUCACCUCAAACUCAUACAUGGAGAAAAUUUUUAGUCACGCUUGGAGAGGACGGCACGGCGGUAACGCGGAGAUGAACGAAAAUUCAUUGGAACAAACGAAAUCGGGGGAUGCCUUGUCGGGAAAAUUCGAGGACGAUCAAGGUCUGCAACGUCGUCACGCCGUCGACACGACGCUCACGACACAUUUUUUCGGCAAGAGCGGUAACGACGAGUUGAGGUACGACGGCUUUCGUCGUUUCAUGGAAAAUCUUCAGCGAGAAGUACUGGAGUUGGAGUUUCACGAAUUUAGCAAGGGUCACGACACCAUAUCCGAAAUGGACUUUGCCAAAAUCCUGCUACGUUACACCUACCUCGACACCGACGAGUACGACAAAUACUUGGACCGGCUACUGGACCGCAGCAGUCACGAAGUUGGAAUCAGCUUCGAAGAGUUUCGAGUAUUCUACGAAUUCCUCAACAAUCUGGAGGACUUUACAAUAGCGAUGCGAAUGUACACGCUCGCCGACCAUCCGAUUUCCAAAGAUGAAUUUCACCGCGCCGUCAAGAUCUGCACAGGUACGAGCCUCACCCCCCACAUAGUGGACACCGUGUUCGCGAUAUUUGACGUCGACGGCGAUGGUCAGCUCUCUUACAAAGAAUUCAUUGCUAUAAUGAAGGACAGACUUCACAGGGGGUCGAAGUCGCAGACGCGGAGCGAGGGUUGGGAGGCGUUCAAGUUUUGCUUGAAGCAGGAAAUGAAGGCACCGUGAUAUUUUGUGCAAAAAAAAAAAACGAAAUGUCGUCAAUUUUUGUCGACAUACUCAGGAAAAUUUUGCCGUCAAAUCGUCGCUAUGGCAGAGCCACCCCGCAGUAUGCUUAUUUAAUUUAUUCUCAUUACGAGCUACGCGAUAAUUUAUUUAUGGAAGAAAUGGAAGUUCUCAAGAGACCGUCGUUCGAAACGACGGUCAAACAUUGGAUACGUUUUAAACGAGUUCCUUCUAAUCAUUUGUGCUAUACAUCGAAUCCCGAUUGGAUUCUUGCUGUGAAUAUAUUUAUUCGUAUUUAUUGAGAUUAUUUAAUGACAAUUGUUACGAGUAUCUUUAAGCCACACUAGUCUCUGUUAAUUUUGAUUGCCGAAAUGAAUGAAAUGACCUUGAA